CUCACUAUACUUGUUUUUGAGCCUAACAUUAAAUAAAUGUGAUAUUAUAGAAGACGAUGAUACCAGUCAUGUUCAUGAGUUCAAAUGCCCAAACGCCACAGAUUCCACUAUACUAUUUUUGUUUUGACACUUGCAUACAGGUAAUUUACUAAUAAUCUAAGAGUACUCUGUUAAAAUCCAUCUUAGGAGAUAUUUUAAGAAUGUAGUAAAAGGUUAAUAAUACAACCAUAGUAUUCAAUGUUUGCCAGUUAGUUUUUAAUAAUAUAUUUACUUUCACAAUCUCUUUUAAGCACAUAUUCAUCAUGUUGUAAUUUUCCAGCACACCCUUUAAUAGAAUAUUUGAUAAGAAAUAUGUCAUAAGAUUAUGCUUAUCAUAAUCAUUAUUUACCAAAGUUCUUUUCAGUGAAAUCUUGCCACUGGUCUAGACAUGCCAAACUCAUCCCACUUAUGGCAAUACUUUAAUAGCCCUGUUCUCAUUGGAUGAGUUGGUGUAUUUGCUUUAAUAGCUUGCCCAGCUAGGGUUGAUUGACAGGCAAGUGGGUGUGUAUUUUGACACGUUUCUUCAUCUGACCACUUAAGUUUGGAUACUUAUAGCAAUUGAAAUUGUAUUGGAAGUCAGUUACAUGCUUCCAGAAUUCACUGUUAUUUGAUGUCUUUCUUUGUGCAUUCCUUGAUUUCAUUGUUGAGACUUUGACAAAAAGGAACCUACCGAAAACGGUAAAACAUAAUAACUGAAAAGGAGCUAUACAUAUUUGUGGAAAUACUGUUUAGUACAAAAAUAAGAAUGGAACAUUUCACAGAUUUCAUUAAACUGAAAAUAGUCUGGGUGUUUGCUUUUUUUAUUCUUCUAACAGAGAUACAUGAAUCAUUGUCAUUAUCAGACUGUGCUCCAAUUGCAAACACUAUUGACCGCAUCAAGUGUACUGGCCCAAAUCUGAAGAACAUUCCUACGAGUGCCAAAGCUCUGAUAGUGAGUGGGACUUUGUCUAAACGUAUUGCUCUCCAUAGGCUUCGGAGGAGUGAUUUCACUGGCUUGAACUUGAUUGAAAUAUUUAUCACUUUCACGGAACUGACAGACAUAGAUGAAGAUUCUUUUCAAGACUUGAAACAACUGCGAAGAGUCAUCUUGAAAAACAACAGAAUUGUGAAAAUCAGCCAAGGAACAUUUCAAGGGUUGGAUUCUUUGGAAGUGGUAGACCUUUCUGACAAUGAAUAUUGCGAAAUAGAUUCCGGAACCUUUUCUGGAUUGAAAACUUUGAGGCACUUGUAUCUUGGAAACAUGAAACUGAGAUCACUGGAAAAGGCCACAUUUCAAGGUUUGCAAUCACUCAUUGUUUUAGAUCUACAUGGCAACAGUUUACAGCACAUUCAAAAAGAUGUAAUUUCCAGUCUUCCAAAGCUGCAAUCCUUGGACCUAUCAUCAAACAUUUUUAAAACUCUUCCAAAAGUCUUAAAAUCAACUUUGUCUCGUCUAAACCAUCUUGCUCUGUCAGACAAUCCAUGGCAAUGCAACUGUGAUUUAGAGUGGUUGAAAGAGCUUACCAAUCUGACUGCCUCUCGAAAUUUGUUUCGUCAUGCUAUGGAUUAUUCUGACCUGGCAGUUUGCUAUGGACCAGACAAACUUCGCUAUAGACUUUUAAUUGAUGUACCCAAAUCAGAAAUGAUUUGUAUUCCACCAAAGAUCAUAACAUGUGGUGACCCCUAUCAAGUGGCAGAGGGAAGCAGUCUUAUAAUACAUUGUCAGACGGAAGGAGAUCCAUUUCCCAAAUUCACCUGGCAGUCUCCCUCAGGCCUGACCAUUGAUACCACGAAGCAUACUGAUGGAUACAUAGCUACCGAUAAUGGAACACUGGUUGUAUCAGCAGCAGACGUAGCAAGUGAUGGUCAGUGGUCAGUGUCAGCUGUUAACAGUAGAGGAAAUGACAGCAAGUCAUUUCAAGUUGGUGUUCUUCUCUCGACAACCUUGAAAACUACAGAGCUGACUAUGAAAACAGCAGAGCCGUCAACCAUGAAAAGUAUGGAUGCGACCACCAUCACAGUGAAGGCAGGGGAGAAGGAACAAAAGGCUUGUGAUCCGAUGAUGCUGAUUGCUGUAGGUGCAGGCUCCGGGGGUGGGGUUUUUGUUAUUCUUAUUAUGACUGUGGCCUAUUUUCUUUAUCGCCAAAGUCAUAAUAAAGUAAGUCCAUCGAGAAAAAAACAUGACAAAGGAAAACGAGCUAAUGUGGCUUAUAAAAGAUGACAGAAAAAACCAAAAUGAAAAAUCUGAAACAUUUUACAAUGACUCGUUUAUUUUUUUAUUGUUAUGACUGUGGUUUAAUAUAUUAGAUGUUAAUACAAAUAAUUUUAAUUGAAAAAGAGAUAGGUACAUUGUUAUUUAUAAUAAUGUUUCUCAGAGUUGAAUAAUUUCAAUUAGAAGUUUUUCUGUACCGUAAGUUAUUUUUGUUAUAAAUUUUAUCAGUACCAUGUAAAGAAUUUAGCAAUCAGUCUAAAAUGUGGAUUAUACCUUCAAUAUGUGACCUUAAGUUAAUAUUAAAUAUACAUUCUAUAUGGAAUUAAUAUGUUAAAAUCAUUUUUAAUAGCUAGGAAAGUGCAAGAUUUAGUUGGUCUUCAUACAAUAAGCCUAUCUUGAAAGACCGCCAUUUGUCCAAAUUUUGUUUCAUUAGACCAGUUUUUUAAAGAACUGGUACAGACAUAAAAUGUUUUAAAUCAUAUAAUUUCCAAUUUCUAUAAAAUGGAUGAAAAUAAAAUGUACCAAUUAUAUUGAUACUUGUGUAUAUAAAUGUAUAUAUUUUAAAGUGAACUUUUUACAUUUAUUUAUUUGGGGAUGUAACAAAAAUGAUCACUUGUAUGUGUUGGAGAGUAGGAUGUUAGUUUGUCUAAACAAACCACCCUUGGAAUAAAAGCUAAAUUAUUUAGAUGAAUUUGCAUUUUUAUAUAAUUCUACUUGACAUAAAAAAAAAAAGUGCAAAAAAACAAACAAAAUAUUACGAUUUCUGCGACAGCUUUUAGUUACUCCAUUUUGUUAACAUGCUUGUCGUCAGCUUUCUACAUUAUUUUUGUAUAUAAAAAAUAUUGUCAUUAUUUAUUUGCAGAUUGGUAUCAGCAUUUUGUGCAUACAUUUACCUGUGUUGACAGAUGUGAUAACUUUUAACUAAAUUUGUUUUUCAUUUUGUUCUUAAAUGUAAAAAAAUUUGGUGUGAAAAAUAAAAAUGAUUUAAAACAUAUGAAGAAUCUAAUGGAAUCUUCUUGUAUUGAAAGGAAUAUACAUCAGCAUUCUAAUAAUUUACUUAAAAACAAUUGCAUAGCCAACUUAAAAAAUAAAUAAAAAAUCCAAAAUGAAAAAAUCCAAAAAUAAAACAUAUAUGAAAAACCCCCGCAAAACCCACCACACCCCAAAAAAUCCCAUCCCAAGAUUCUUUGACUUUUAUUUUAUUAUUUUAUUUCAGCAUUACAUAAUAAAUAAAGCAUAAAUAUUAAGAUGCUUUUUUCUUUUUGAUAGGAUGGCCUUGGUGUUAUUUUACUGAUUCAUUUUCUUAAUAAAUGAUGAUCCUAACUGUUUUGUCUGUUGUUUUUAAAUCAGCAUGAUUCAUUUUUAACUGACUUAGUGGCACAUGAUAUCUUCAGUAUACUGGGUAUAAGUUACUUACAACAAUCCAUAAUAAAGUUUUAUUAUAUUUUUGACUGGCACUAUGACAACCCUUGUGCUAUCCUUUGCCUUCCUCUCCCUUUCUUAGCCAGUUCACCCUUCAGGGCAAUACAUGUGUACUGUAUUUGUUGGUGCCAAGUGGUAAUUUCCACUGUCAAUAGUCAAUUUUCUUACUUAUAAAUGAA